CGGCGGCCGCUAGCGAUCAAGUGGGGUUAACACCUGCAACGCCUCUUCUUACGCUGAUCUUUGAAAGGGGAGGGGACAAGCGACUUUAUUUUUGAACUGACAGAUUUUUAAUUUUUAAGAUCACAGGAUGGCCACGUCUACUGUGAAGGAGUCUGUCCUCACCCACCUACUGGUGGCCAUGUUCGGGAUGGGGUCAUGGCUUGCAGUGAACUCCCUGUGGGUGGAACUUCCAGUGGUGACCAAGAGCCUACCUGAAGGAUGGAGCUUGCCGGCCUAUCUGACUGUGCUGAUUGCUCUGGCCAAUGUGGGUCCCCUCUUCGUCACCCUGGCUCACAAGUUUUUACCGGGUCCGUUGGAGGAGCGGUACCUCAUCUACGCCAUCCAGGCCCUGGGUGUUGUCUCUUCCGGAGCCCUGGCCCUGUCCUGGGACAGAACCAUGGAGAUUGGUGGGAUGCAGAGCAGUGUUGCCUUCCUAAUCUUGACCUUUGUCCUGGCCUGUGUCUGCUGCACCUCCAACGUCACCUUCCUGCCUUUCAUGUAUCACCUGCCUUCCAAAUUCAUCCGGUCCUUCUUUGUGGGCCAGGGUUUCAGCGCCCUUGUGCCCUGCCUAGCCGCCCUGGUGCAGGGUGUCGGCCAGCUGGAGUGCCGCAAUGUUUCAGACGCCAAUAAUUCGUAUGCCCUUCUGCCCCACUACCUGGAAGAAAACUUCACAGCCAGCUCCUUCUUCUGGCUUCUGGCAUUCCUGAUGUUGGUCUCCAUGCUGUCCUUUGUUAUCCUGACCUGCCGGUCUGCCAGGAACAGCCAAGCACAGGAACGUGGACUUGGUGAGGAGUCAUGCCAUCUGUCUGCAGAGAGUGCACCAGCUCCCCAGGAGGCCACCCCCUUCUGCAUGCCGCAUACAAUCUACCUGCUUCUGUUAUUGGCCUUCUCCAACGCCUUGAGCAAUGGGGUGCUGCCUUCCAUACAGACCUAUUCCUGCUUGCCUUAUGGGAGUACCGCCUUCCACCUGUCAGUCGUGCUCGGGAAUCUAGCCAAUCCAUUGGCUUGUUUUGUUGCCAUGGUUGCACUUUGGAGGUCGAGAGCUGGAAUGAGCGUACUGGUGUUGCUGGGGCUGCUGUUCGGAAUAUACAUUCUAACAUUGGCAGCCUUCAGUCCGUGUCCUCCACUGCUGGGAAAGCCAGUAGGUGUGGCUAUAGUGGUGAUAGCAUGGAUGGUGUUUACAGGCCUGUUCUCCUACGUGAAGGUGGUCAUCAGCAGUGUCCUCCAUGGGGCGGGUCACCGGGCCCUAUUAUGGUGUGGGGCUGCCAUCCAGCUGGGCUCGUUGCUGGGAGCUCUGGUUAUGUUUCCACUGGUUAGUGUUUACCAGCUCUUCACCCCUGGGCAGCCAUGUGUGGACACCUGCAGCUUGUGAGCUGGCGCUGCAAACUCUGGGCAAAUUAAGCAGUUGCCUGGCAUUGUGUUGAAGAUCCGUUUCAGAGACAACAAGGAACGGGAGCACUACAUCGUGAGACUACACUCCUGGGAGGAAAACAUCCAUUGCACACAAUGUUGGAAGAAUUGAGCACAGCUGAGUUCCUCCAGCAUCCACAUCAUUUCUUGUAUAUGAACACUUCAGUCAUGCUUUGACCCCAGAUUUUUUCCAUCAUUUUCCCUCAUUCCCUUCCCAAAUUGUUGUAUUAUUCCGCUCCCUCUUAAGCCAGUAUUAUCUCCACAUUCAUUGAUGUCUGUACUAGAGCUGGUACUUGACUGGAAGAGGCAAAGAUAGGAAAAAUCCUACCAUUGGUGAUGGGAUUUGUGUCCAAAUCUUAACCAGUGCUAAUGCUUGUUGUUGUGAUAAGAUCACUUUUCUGCUGGUUGGAAGAAAGUUGAUCAAUCAUCAGAGGGGGUGUAUGAUUCUGGGACGAGCGGGCAAGAGAUUGUAAUGCUGCUUAAAUGUUACUCACAGCACAAUGGACAGUGCCGUGGCAAAUGUUCUUUCUCGAAGGCCAGAUGGGCUGAUCCUUGAUGUCCUGCUCUCUCCAUUUUCCUCAAGGACAGUUGUUGCCCGGCACUUAAAAACACUGUCUUCCUCAACUGUACGAACAAGGUGGAGUUUGAUGAUGCUGCAGUCAACAGUUGAUGAAGAAUUGGAUUCCUUCACAGGAACCUGAAGUAAUAGUCUAGGUGUUUGUGCCUUUUUCUCCAGCGGAACAAACACAUUUUUAAACUUGAAUAAAUGCAUUUAUUUCUCUAA